UAUUCACAAAGCCUCCGUAAUUUCCGCAGUCGCGGAGCGUUUACGGAGGGAUUGCGGAAAGUUUACGGAAAGAUUACGGGUGGUUUACGGCGUAUUCACGAAGCUUCCGUAAACUUUGCGAAAUUUACGGAAAGUUUCCGCAAGUGAAACACGCUGAACGGGCACCUGCAUUGAACGAAAAAGAGUUAUGACCAUAUUAAAACUUUAAUAGUUUUGAGGGUGUUUUGUUUAUUUUUUUAAUCAAAUGUGUUGCAUACUCGAAAUUAAAGAAUCAAAACUUAAAUGAGUAAUAACUUUCUAAGAAAAAAAAAGAAUAAGACAGUAUUUUAUCACGUGUUUAUAUUUUUAUAGUGAACAAAAAUAAAGCUUUUUAAAGGUUAUUUAUAACUAUUGAAAUCAAAAUAUUCAUAUUGUUGUGAUUAUUAGAUAACUAAAUGUGUAGUCGGGGAGGGGGGGGGGGUCAUUUUUUAAAUAUACUCGAUUGAAACUGGUAAUUAUUUAUAUAAUAAAUGAAUAAACAGCAAUUUACAAAUAAUGAAUAAAUAAUAAACGUUUUCGGCGUAACAUAUAUAUUUGUACAUAGGUUUAGAUAGAUUCUCUUGAUAUCUCUUUUGUCCUGUGAACCUAUUGUGACGUCAUGACUAAGAAAAUGACAUCAUUGAAAUUCUGACAAUUAAAGCUGAAAUUAUGGAAGAUAGAAAAAAGAAGCCGCGCUUUUGUGAAAAAGAAAUUGAAAUAUUAGUUCAAGGAGUUAAAGAACGUUCAGAUGUCAUCAACUCAAAAUUCAGUGACAUGAUCAGCAAUACAAAGAAAAAGCAAGCGUGGGUGGAAAUUAUGGAAUCUGUAAAUGCUGUCUCAUUCUCAAAAAGAACUGUCGAUGAAAUUAAAAAGAAGUGGGAUGAUGUGAAGAGGGGUACAAAGAAGAGAGCUUCUGCCGUCCAGAAAGAACGUUGUAAGACGGGGAGUGGAAAACUGGAAAUUAUACCUUUAAGCCCAAUGGAAGAAGAUAUUGUGUCUGUAAUGGGAGAGGAGAGGAUUUUUGGAUUCAGCUCGUAUGUAGACACCAUGAUUCCACCUACACCAAGCAAAGCUGUCUCUGGAGAGAGUCCACCACAAGAAGUACAAGAGGUACAGACGACUACAGAAGGAGGCAUCAGUGAAAUAGCACCAGAAUCUGCUUUCUGCACGAAGAAAAUGAAAAGGCGGCCAAUCCAAUAUGAGGCCGAUGAGAGCAUGGUACUACAGAGAGAACUGAUCAAUAUUCAAAGAGAAUGGCUAGAUGUGGAGAAAGAGAGACUCGGUAUCGAGAGGGAGAGGCUUCAGAUAGACCGUCGACGCCUGGAGAUGGAUGAGCGGGCCAGGGGAUUUUCCGCCACUUGUAAUAAUUCGGAACGCAAUACAUCGGAAUUUCAACUGUUCAACGGUGCAUUUAUGCAAAUUUGAGGA